AUGAGGCCCCCGAGGCAAGCAUCAACUGUGAAACAACAUUUGGACUGUUUGGAGCAUCAAGUUUCUGUUUUAACUUCUCUAAUCACACAGCUCAACUAUGUGAUUGAGGAAGGCAAGGCUUGGCUAGAUGAGAAAGAGUCAAACAGUUCAAGCUUCGUGCAAAUAGUUCAACAGCUGGAUGGGGCUAUGACAGCAGCAUUCAGCAGAUACCUUGAAAUAUUGAGUGAAAAUAAUGUUGAACCUUCACUUUCUAAAUGUUUUAACGACAAUGAGAAACCAACCAAAAUUUUAAGUGACCCUGUGGAAUCCACCAGCACAAUUACUAAACCUGUGAAUGAAAGCAAUCAAGACAUGAAUGACCAACUUCAGUUGUUACAAAAAAGAUUCAACCUGGCAGAGGAGGCAGUUAUCUCCCUGCUCAAGGGCUCUAAACAAGUGGAGAAACUGGAAAAACAGAUGAAAAAAGUCACAAACACCCUGAGUGAGAACCACAAACAAAUAGAAGCCAUCAACACUAAACUGUCUGAGCACUCGGAUCUUGCACAGCAUAUUAUGGACCAAGAGAAAGCCAUGCAGGGUUUUGUUGAGGUUGUGGAGAACUUGAAACUUUCUAACUUGAAGAACUGUGGACAGUUAGAUGAUAUAAGUAAUGAGGUGUCACAGACACAAGGGCAGCUAACUGAGACCAGGAGACAGAUGGAGGACCUGAGGACAGCGGUGCAGGACAUAGAUAACACGGUCAUCAGCUUGACCAUUGAACAGAACAACCAGGGGCUUGUGUUGAAGGUGGACAAUCUGACCAAUGAAAUUAAUUUCCUAGCCUCGCAUAGCAAUGAGUUGGCGCAAUCACUUCGGGCCAAGUGUACAUAUUUUGAGGAUAAUUUGAAAUUAAAUUUUGAUAAGAUUGUGAAAAAAAUUCAGCAGUUGGAGAUCCUGUGUGUCUCCAGGCCCGUGGCCUUCACUGCCCACCUGGACCUCACAAAGCCUCUGAUAGCUGGGACUGUCGUAAAAAACUACUGCCGCGUCUCCUGUAACAACGGCAACUGUUUCCACCCUGACUCUGGGGUCUUCACGGUGCCGGAGGGGGGCCUGUACCUGCUGGGUAUCUCCAUUGAUGAGAAGGUGGCCAUAGGGGUGGUCAGAGAACGGCCAACCAACAACGACACAGAGUGGAUCUGCCAGGUCAACGGCCAGGCUGGGUACUCGAGCGCGUGUAAUGUGUGUAGCGUCAACUUAAACCCCGGGGACAAGAUUUAUCUCAAGGUGGUGUUUGUUGAUCAGAAUAUUUGUUCAUUGUCGCAUUACUCGUGUUUCACGUGUGUUAAGUUGUGAGUGGUGUCAAUGUUUCACAUGUGUUAAGUUGUGAGUGGUGUCAAUGUUUCACAUGUGUUAAGUUGUGAGUGGUGUCAAUGUUUC